UCCACCUCAUCUCCCAGGCCUCCCUUUCCUUCGAAAACCAACACAGCUAUACGAUGAUUCGCGCACAAGCAUCUCGCACUCUCGCCGCAGCGACUCGCGCGACGCCCGCGGUUGCACGCGUCGCGGCCGCACCGCACGCACGCACAUAUGCGACAAUCCCUGACCCCCAGCACCCGACGGACGGCCCCAAACCCAACGACAAGCCGACACCAUCCGCUGGCGGCGGAAACACUUUCGCGAUGCUCACCGUCGGCACUGCUGCGCUUAUCGGCGGAUGGUGGUACCUGCAGCAGAAGGAAGACCCGCAUGCGAAACGGCUGGAGGACCAGGCUGCACUUGAGAAGAAGGCGCAGGAGAUGAAGGAGGCGGGCAAGGCAACCGCCCAUGAUGCCGCCCGCGAGAGCAAGGAGAACUACGAGGCGACCAAGGUCGCUGCAAAGGACAAGCUCAACCAGGCUCGCACAGAAGCCGGGUCUGCCGCCGCCGAUGUGAGAGGCAGGCUCGAGUCUGUCAAGAGCUCGACGGUCCAGACAUACGACUCCGCCAGAAACGCUGCAGCAGCGACCGUGAACGACGCGACGCGCAAAGCCGAGGCAACGUACGACGAAGCAAGGAAGAAGGCGGCGGACGCGGCGCACAAGGUCGAAGCCGAGACGCAGAGCUGGGGACAGUGGCUCGGCAGCUGGUUCGGCUAUGGCAAAGCCAAGACGGAGAAGACUGCUGAGGACGCGAAACGCGAGGCCGCUCGCCAGGUCGCUGCUGGUGCCGACCGAGUCGAGAAUGCCGCAGAUAAGGUUGAGAAUGAGGCGAGGAAGAGGGCAUAAGUCGGGCGAUUGUGAUUGCGGACCUCUAAUCUUCAACGUGUGUACUGUAUACUAGCAAUCUAUAUGUUCGUAGCAG